AGAGGAAGCAACUGGAGUUCUGGAAUCUGGACACACACAGAAAUCUGUGGGAGGGUUAUUCACUCUGACUCUACAACGGCAACAAUCCUCAACCACAACAGGACGCGUAACCCAGUAAGACCCCGGAGGGGGUGCCUGUAGUAAAUGAGGAGGGCUGCUGUUGAUGUUCCUGAGUUGACCUUAUUAAUUAGGACCAGAAUGCUGGAGAAGCUGUGAACACUCAAGAGGACAGCACAACGUGAGCUCCUGAUUGGAGGGUCCCAUGGUGCCAUGACACAGGUGUCUGAGACAGACUGUGUGUGUCGCCUCUGACCUUCUACCUUACUGUGGUUUACUCUGUUGGAAAGACAGACACUCCACUGACUGACAGGUGGACAACAACACCGUCGGAUGUCAUGGCGAUGGCGGCAUGGUACCACCGUGACAUCAGCCGUGUGCAUGCAGAGGACCUGUUGGCCCGGGCUGGGAGGGACGGCAGCUUCCUUGUCAGGGACAGUGAGUCGGUGCCUGGAGCCUACGCCCUCUGUCUGCUGUUCCAACGGCACGUUCACACUUAUCGUAUUCUUCCUGAUGUAGAUGGCCUAUUAGCUGUUCAGACUUCUCAGGGGGUGCAGGUGAAUUGUUUCCGUACACUGGGGGACCUGGUGUUGGGGUACCAGCACCCCCAUAAGGGUCUGGUCACCCCUCUGCUGUACCCUGUGGGGAGGGACAUGGAGCCUGGGGAUGAGAGCUCAGGUGAUGAUGAGAAGCCAGGGCUGGUGUGGAGUCCCAGCCCAUUCCCAGUCUCGGUCAGUAUAUCUCCCCCCGCAGGACUCCCAGUGACCCCGUCCCCACACCUCCUCUUCCUCCACAGGCUACAGGAGCUCAACACAUCCAGCAUGGCAGGUGAGGUGGUUGGGCUGCUCAGUGAGUAUCUGCGCAGUGAGCUGCCUCUGGAUGUGGAGGGUCUACGUAGAGGAGCAACAGGCCUACGCCAUCUACACCAAACCCUGGGCACCGCAUGCCAGGGGCUCAACAGUGAGAUUGACCUGAUCAUGUCCAGUUUGGAGACGCUGGCCAAAGUGUUUGACCAUCCUAUCUGCCCUUUAACCUCCACCAAGCCACAGAACACGGGUAAAGGUCAGGACAUGGAGUUGGACAGCCUGCUGUGUAAGAUCUCUGUCCUGGUCAGCCUGCUCUCCUCCCUGGAGAAGAGGGUGCUGAAAGCUCUUCAAGAUGCUGUGACCAAUCACAACCUGGCUGUGCAGCCUGCCCCUCCACCUGAGCCCGCUCUUGCUCCAGCUCCAGCCCCUGGACCAGCUCCAGCUCCAGCCCCUGCUCCAGCUCCAGCUCCAGCUCCUGCUCCAGCUCCUGUCCCUGUAGCCAAGAACCAUUCCAGGCCCAUACCUGUCCGCUCCUUUCAGAUUAAGAUGGUGCGUUAUGGCAGACAGACAGUGUCAUUGGAUGUGGACACAGGAGUGCUGCUGUUUGACAGGAAGGCCGGGUCAUUUGGAGUGGAGACGGUCUCACAUGAACAGAUUCUGCAGCUAGUCAUGUUCCAGAGCAGCCCAGCCAAGCUGCGCAUGGUCGUGGACAGUCAUCACAACAACCCACUGGAGCUCAUGUUUGAGAGUGCAAGGAAACGGGAGGCGUUCUGCCAGCUGCUACAGCUGAUGAAGACCAGGCACUCCCGUCUGAGUGAACCUGACCUCAUUUCUGUGUUUGUGGGCAGCUGGAACAUGGGUGGCUCCCCUCCCCCUCGCAGUCUGCAGUCCUGGGUGACGUGCUGUGGUCUGGGUCGAACCCCAGAUGAGUCCACAGCUCUGCUGCCUCAUGACAUCUAUGCCCUGGGUACCCAGGAGAACUCUCAGGGGGAGAAGGAGUGGACCGAGCACGUCAAGACUACCCUACACAGCUACACUCACAUAGAGUACAAACAGGUGGCAGUACAGUCCCUGUGGAACAUGAGGCUGGCAGUGUUUGUGAAGCCAGAGCACGAGAGUCGCAUCAGCCAUGUGAACACAGCCAGUGUGAAGACUGGCCUGGGGAACACACUGGGAAACAAGGGUGCUGUUGGCGUCUCCUUCCUCUUCAACAGUACCUCUUUUGGGUUUGUCAACUGCCAUCUGACCUCUGGCAGUGAGAAAGUAGUCAGGAGGAACCAGAACUUUGCCGACAUCGUCAGGCUGUUGUCCCUGGGUGACCGGCAGCUCAGUGUCUUUGACGUGAGCCUGCGCUUCACACAUCUCUUCUGGUGUGGAGACCUCAACUACAGGCUGGACCUGGACGUACAGGACAUUCUGAAACAUGUGUCCAACCGGGAGUUUGAUGAGCUCAUGUGUGCUGAUCAGCUAACACAAGAACGACACAAGAGAAAGGCCUUUCUCCAUUUCAAGGAAGAGAAGAUUGUGUUUCCGCCCACCUAUCGGUACGAGAGGGGGUCCAGGGACAGCUACCUGUGGCAGAAGUACAAGACCUCUGGCGUGCGUGUCAAUGUGCCGUCAUGGUGUGACCGGAUUCUGUGGAAGUCCUACUCAGAGACACAUAUCACCUGCAACUCCUAUGGUUGUACAGAUGACAUCUUCACCAGUGACCAUUCGCCUGUUUUCGCCACGUUCCAUGUAGGGGUGACAUCAAAGUUCAAAAUAGAGCCAAGCUUGAGCAUGGAGAGGGCCUGGAUAGAGUUAGAGGGCAUCGAGGCUAUUGUGAAGACAGCCGGCAAAGCCAAGUUCUUCAUUGAGUUUCACUCAUCCUGCCUUGACGAGAUCCGCCGUUCCAUAGAGAAUGACUCACAGAGCUGUGACGUGCCUUGCUUCCUCAAACUGGGCUGGUCUUCCAAGCAGCUGCCCAAGCUUCUCCCGAUCGUCUCUGACAUGGAGUUCCUUCAGGAUCAGCACCUCCUGCUGUGCGUCAAGUCAUGUGAUGGGUUUGAGUCAUACGGUGAGUGCUGUGUGGCGCUGCGCUCCCUCAUCGGCGCGGCGGAGCUGUUUGAAAUGUUUCUGACCCACCGGGGCGAGGAGAUGGGCUCCAUACGUGGGCGGGUCAGGGUCCACGUGCCCAAGGACCGGCGAGGUACACGUGAGAAGAUCUACGAGUGGUUCUGCUUCGAGAAGGAUGAGAAGGGUCUGGUGAGGGGACGCUUGUCUCCUCAGUCCACUCAGGCACCUAUCAGCCGAUCCUCACCCCCUCCACCCAAGCCAGCCCCUAGCAGUUACACAAACCCUGCUUACUUCAUAUUUGAAGGUGUGUCUGUCCUGCGCAGGGUGGAGGAGGCUCCACCCCCUCGUAGGGACCCCCAGGUGGUCUGGGCCGGCGACUCAGCGCUGCAGCUCCCAAAGCUCUCUGGGGGGCGUGGCUAUGACAGGAAGUCCACUCGCAGGUCGGACUUCACUGAAAUCGAGAUUCCAGGCAUCCUGCCCCACUACUCCUCCUCCAAUGACCAUCAUCCUCCCCAGGCCAACUCCUCCUAUCAGCUCUUCCCAGCAAAAAAAACAUUGCCAAUCCCCCCUGCCCCGAACCCCACCACCACCUCUCACUAUCAUGAACAGCCCAUACAACCACAACCAAGCAAAAACAAUGUUGUCCAGGACGCCAUCCUGCCUGCCAAGUACCUGAGGAACAUGUACACGAACCACUCCGCUGUCAUUAGAGAGACCUCCAGGAGAGAACAGCCUAGGGUGCACCAACAGGAACGAGCCAGCCCUGUAAGGAGCAGCAAACCCACCUCACUCUACCCCUAUGUAUCCACCCAUGUGCCCCACGUCCAGGCCUCAGCCCCCUGGGUGGCGGAGCAGCCAGUUGAGCCCCUAGGGGACCACUCCCUCACAGCCCUGCAGAUUGCCAAGUCACUAAGUGAGGUGGACUUCUUCCCUGUAGACCUCAGGGCUCCAUCAACACCAGUCCAGAGACCGGCCCAGAGGAAUGACCUGGCCAUGUCUACCGAGAGAGGCUACUGCUGGGAGAAAGAGGUCCUCCGUGGGGCUCCAGAGACAGUGCGGGAGCUACUCAGCACCCUGGGUCUGCAGAAUUACACCCUGGGACUCAGCCUCAAUGGCUGGGACGACCUGGACUACUUCAGUGGCAUCACAGAGGAGGACCUGCGUGCAGCCGGAGUGUCAAACCCCUCGCAUCGCCGGAGGAUCCUGGAGAACCUACCCAGGAUCUGGGAUUCACUAUAGACCUACUUCCGUUGUUUGACUUUUCAAACUGAAGCCGAAGGACAUCAGUGACAGUUACUUGCCCUAAUGGAAUAUAAGUCUCCACGCCAUCAUUUAAUUUACAGUAACAACGAGUUGCUUUUAUGCAAACAUACAAAAGACGCAAUGCAAUGUCCCAUGAAAUCCUCAUCUCACAUCCCUUACCAUUCACGGGUACACCUUCAAAUGAGAGAUGUGGAUUCAAGCCACUGUCAAACAUUUUUAUAUCCAAUUUAGAUCCACAUAGCCAAAUAUUGAUUAUGUGUCUCCUCAGCAGUCACCAAAAUGUAGUGUUUACUAAGCAUUCACACCCAUGACCUCUUCCCCUGCUCUUUCCACUCCUCUACCGACAUAGAGAACAGCACGGAGCUUGUUAAAGCACUCAAUAAGGGCCACGGAGGGGGAAAUAUAUAGCUGUGCAUAUUUGCCAGUACACUUUUAAACAUGGCCUGUAAAGUUAAUAUGAAAAAAGUGCCUAUCUUUCUGUUUGCUGUCUGAUGGUAGCAUUAUGUUAUAACCGGGGUGUAGUUGUUCUUAGUGAUAAGAGCAGAAUCCAUUGGGAGGAAUUAGUGAACCCUGGGCUAGUUUAUUUACAUUCUGUCCUUUACUCCUACAUUGUAUAUCCUGUUUCCCUAUCUGGUUAUCUCCCUCUUAGACCAUAACUCUUGUGCGCUCUUCAAGGGCCACGCACCCAUUUAACAUGUGUUUCUGUGCACUGUUCAAUAUUUUUUUUACUGCCUUUUCAAACAGAAUUGUAUAAAACGAACUGUUGACUGAGUGACAGAUAGUGUGGGUUCUUUGACAUUGCUAUUGCGUUAAACCUGUUCUUGAUGCCUGUGGUUAUUUGUCAGUGGUGCCACUUAACUGUGGAUCUUGGCACUUUACAACUUUAUUCUCUGAAGGUUGUUGAAGGAAGUUCAUCAGUUUUCCAUGUAUAUUACAUUCAUUCAACCCAAUGGGAGACGAUAUGAAUAAAACAAUAUUGUGACAACAUUAUGAAAUGGAUUGCACAUAUUUAUCAGGACAGUUGGGCCUGUCACGCCCUGACCUUAGAGAUCCCUGUUUAUUCUCUAUAUUUUGGUUAGGUCAGGGUGUGACUAGGGUGGGUACUCUAGUUUUUGUAUAUCUAUGUUUUCUUUUUCUUUGUUGGCCUAGUAUGGUUCCAAAUCAGAAGCAGCUGUCUAUCAUUGUCUCUGAUUGGGGAUCAUACUUAGGCAGCCCUUUUUCCCACCGUCAGUUGUGGGAUCUUGUCUUUGCUUGGUUGCAUGUAUUUUUUGCAUUACGAAGCUUUUCGUUCGUUGUAUUGUUUAUUGUUUUUUUUUGCUGGUUCACAUUUCAAUAAAAUAUGAUGAA